GUGUAAGUAUACUUACAUCGUGCACCAAACCAAACCUUUUCGUUGUAAAUAAUUGUGACAUGAGGAUUCGAUGUCAGUGUGAUAUAAAAAGUCGCAGAGCAUUACUUAUAUUGCGUUACAUCUCAAACAACGGAUAAAAUAUACAUAUAGGCAUAAUAUAUUUUUUCGUAAAAUCUGUCUAUUAUCGCAUAAUAUAAGGUUUCUAUAUAAGCAUAUAUCUGAAAAGAAAAGCAUUUCUCUUUAAUGCGUGCAACUUGAUUUUUAUAUUUCAAAAAGUAAAAAAAAUGAAGAUUUCGAUAUUUAAUGAAAACGAUUUUGUCCUUCUGGUUGGAGAAGGCAAUUUCUCAUUUUCUGUAGCAUUAUUGCAACACAACUUAAACAUUAAUCUUAUUGCUACCUGUUAUGAGUCCAUUGCAAAUCAGGAAGCUACAAAAAGAAAUAUAGAAUACCUUCAAAGUAAUGGUAUCUCUUUGUUGUUCAAUGUGGAUGCCACAAAAUUGGAAGAAUGUUCCUCAUUAAAGUACAAAGUGUUUGACAAAAUUAUUUUUAACUUUCCUCACACCGGUGGCAAAAUGAGAAUAGAAAGAAACAGAGAGUUGCUGAAAAACUUUUUUGUGUCAUCUGAAAAGAUGAUAAAAAGAAAUGGUCAAAUAUUGGUGACGUUAUGCAAUGGUCAAGGUGGAACAUCUGCGGAUAAUCCUAAAAGACGUUGGGAUGAUUCUUGGAAAAUUGUAGAAAUGGCCGCGCACGGAAAUUUUCUAUUAACAAGAGUAGAACCAUUUUUGUGGCAGUCUUUUCAGAACUAUGUCGUAACAGGCUAUCGCAGUUUAGAAAAACAAUUCCACACAGCAGGCUCGUUAGUACAUUAUUUUAUGAAAAGCGAACCACCCACAAUAUACAACAUCAUACCUAUCGAUAAAAUAAGCGUUUCUAAGUACAACUCCGAUAAUAUUACAUGGAAAGAAGUGACAGAUAAUAUUCAGAAUGUAUCAGAUUGCGUUAAGACGUUAUCUGUGACCGCAUGCGUUCGUGAAGAAUCUAUAGCUAAACCUUUACGUAGUAUAAAACCAAAAUCAAAACAAGACACUGUACAAUAUUUUGUCGAUAUAAAACGGGUGAGAACGAUUGGAGGAAAUGGUGGCGAUGGGCAAAUAACGUUCUUGCGAUUGUGGGUCAAUGAUCGAGCCGGUCCCGACGGCGGUGACGGUGGACAUGGCGGUCACGUAAUGUUCAAAGCGUCACAAAAUGUGAAUGAUCUAAAGCAUGUAGAUAAAGUGAUUCAAGGUGAAAAUGGAGAGGAUGGUAGGAGCAAAGAUUGUUUCGGUAAAAAUGCAGAGCAUAAUAUAGUGGAAGUGCCUGUCGGCACGAUUGUCCGUGAUUUGAAAGGUAGAAUAUUGGCUGACUUGAAUCAGAUCGGAAUGAUGUUCAUUGCUGCGAGAGGCGGUGCUGGCGGGCACGGCAAUGCCUUUUUUAAAUCAGAUACUCAACAGUCACCUCAAAUAUGCGAAUAUGGCGCAGAAGGCGAAGACUUGCAAUACGUAUUGGAAAUAAGAAGUAUGGCACACAUUGGAUUAAUUGGUCUACCAAAUGCCGGUAAGAGUACACUCCUGAGAGCAAUAUCCAGGGCUAGACCAAAAGUAGCAGCGUAUCCUUUCACUACUUUGAAACCGUAUAUCGGCAUAAUACAGUACGAUGAUUACGAACAAGUCGUAGUGGCUGAUAUGCCUGGCAUUAUAGAAAAUUCACACAAGAACAGAGGACUUGGCAUUACUUUCCUAAAACAUGCGGAACGUUGCGCCGUUUUACUAUUCAUGAUCGAUAUUACACUGGACAAACCGUGGACAGCUUUAGAAACUUUGAAGUACGAAAUCAGUCAAUUUAAUGAAAAUCUCAUUGCUAGACCUCACAUCAUUGUGGCCAAUAAAAUGGAUCUCCCAAAUGCUCAGGACAAUCUACAGUUACUCAAGGAGCACGUAGAUUCGCCAGUAAUUCCUAUUUCGGCCAAAUACGGCACUAACAUUUCUACUUUAUUAAAAGAAAUCAAAAUAUUAUACGACAGUAUAAAACCUGACACGUCGAAAGAAGACGCCGAUACUAUUAUAUAAUAAAAAUAUUUUCACACAAAAAACUU